CCUUCAGCUGGACUCUUCUUCAGUUUCUGCUUUUUGUCUCAGUUAAACUUCAUUUUAUUCACUUUUUUCCUCCUCCUUUGGAUCAUCCAAAUGCAGGAAUGUACAAACAAGGAAGACUUUUUUUCCCGAUAGUUUAAGGAUUCAUUUACCAAAAUAAAGGUGUAAGGAUUCAGCUGAAGCGCUCCGGGAUCCUGAGAAUGGCUCUGUCGGGCUCGGAGGCGGACGGCACGGACGCGCGGGGGGACACGUUCCUGCUGCGGGCGGGGAGGAUCGCCGCCGUGGUCGCUCUGUACUGGUUCGUGUCGAUAACAAUGGUUUUCCUCAACAACUAUUUACUGGACAACAAGGAUCUGGACGCGCCGCUGUUCGUCACGUUCUUCCAGUGCGCAGUGACCGUGGCGCUGUGCUGGCUCCUCCCGCUGCUCUCCGUCCUCUGCCCGGGACACGUCCACUUCCCGUCGCUCAAGUUCGACCCGAAGACGUCCCGGGAGGUGCUGCCGCUGUCCGUGGUGUUCAUCGCGAUGAUCACGUUCAAUAACCUGUGCCUGAAGUACGUGGGAGUGGCGUUUUACACCGUGGGCCGGUCCCUGAGCACCGUGUUCAACGUGCUGCUCUCGUACGCCAUCCUCAGGCAGGGCACGUCUCUGCGCGCGCUGCUCAGCUGUGGAGUCAUACUAGGUGGAUUCUGGCUGGGCGUGGAUCAGGAGGGACUCGCCGGCUCCCUCUCCUGGACCGGCGUAGCGUACGGCGUCCUGGCCAGCGCCUGCGUCUCUCUCAACGCCAUUUACACCAAAAAAGUCAUGCCCGCUGUGGACGGAAACAUCUGGAAGCUCUCGUACUACAACAACAUCAACGCCUGCGCCCUCUUCGUGCCCCUCAUCGUCAUUUUCGGCGAGGUCCAGCGCGUCUCCAGCUUCAGCCGCCUCACCGACCUCACGUUCUGGUCCAUGAUGACGCUCGGGGGAGUUUUCGGUUUCGCCAUCGGGUACGUGACGGGUUUGCAGAUUAAAUACACGAGCCCGCUGACGCACAACGUGUCCGGGACGGCGAAGGCGUGCGCGCAGACGGUCAUCGCGGUGGUCUAUAACGGCUCCAGUAAAAGUCUCCUGUGGUGGACGAGUAAUCUGAUGGUGCUGGGGGGGUCUUCGGCGUACACGUGGGUCAAGAGUCUGGAAAUGAAAAAGACGCCGCAGAAACAGGCGGCGGAUUCGGCGGCGGAGAAACUGCUGCCGGGAGACAAGACCGACGCCGGAGUUUGAACUAAAAAAAAAACUACAACACAAUUUUCUCACUGUUAGUUUUGUUCUGAUGCCGUUUUAGGGGGAUCCGAUCCGGUACUGAUACUUGGUCUUAGUGUACUCGCCGAUACCGAUACCAGUCUUUUGUUAAUUUGUUUUUCAAAAUAAAACCAAAAAUAAGAAAACAAAAAAAAAACAAUUAUUUUCUUCAUUAUUUGUCUCCAAAACCAAAAUGAAAAAAACAGAUAAUGAUUUGUUAUCCAGACCAGGACUGGACCAGGACCAGACCAGGACCAGACCAGGACCAGACCAUGAUUGAGACCGGGACCAGACCUGGACUGAGACCGGGACCAGACCAAGACCAGACUGUGAUUGAGACCGGGACCAGACCGGGACCAGACCAGGACUGAGGCCAGGACCAGACCCGGACCAGACCAUGAUUGAGACCGGGACCAGACCGGGACCAGACCAGGACUGAGGCCAGGACCAGACCCGGACCAGACUGUGAUUGAGACCGGGACCAGAC